UUAAAUUCAACGAGUUAGUUUUAUUCUAAAUAAUUUUGGAGCAGUUCAGUGUUUAUAAAUUCCAGUAUCCCUACUUGUUAAACAUAAAUCCAGGUGGAGGCUGUUGUUCCUGUUCUAAGUUAUAAACAGUAGAACGAUAGAUUGAACGGAUAGCACCCUGUACGCUGCUGGGAAGUGACGGAAGAAAACAUCUUACUUCCCUGAUGCAUAUCUCGUGAUUGCAGAAUUCGAUCCAGUGAAAAAUGUAUUCUCCUGCGAAAGCAUGCAAUGUUUGCAAGAAAGACACACGUCGACAUUGAUUUUCACUUGUUAAGCAUUGGUAACAGGGAAGGCUGGAAGAAGUGGGAGUUAUUACUUCCUAAAAUUAUCAAGUAUAUUGAUAGGCCAUACAAGGAAGAGCCCUCGAAAUCUGCGUUGAAACUUCUGAAGUCAUCUAACGUGAGUCAGUGUCAACAAAUCUGUUGUGUACUGCUUCUGUUGAACAACCAUCUAAGACCAACAAAAGUAACACGAACAUUCAAACCAUCGGUCUUAUUUGCACAAGAGGAGAUCAUUUCAUUUGCAGAGACGGAUGAGCAAGUCUACGAAAAAGUGAAAGCGCUAAAUGCCAUAAAUUCACGCUACGGAAUUCCUUCGAUAGCACGUAUCGUAGUACGAGGCAAAGACUUAACUUUGUUGGCUGGGAUAUUUGAAGUUCAUUACAACGAGACGAUUUACAAGCUUGAUUCUGCAGCGAAGGCGAUCGACGUGUUGGUGAAGUUGAACAGUGUCCUCGGACUGCCUUUUUCGCGGAUUUCCGGGUUGGUGUGGAACUUCAUCUGUUCAUUUGUAUACGAUCUACAAAUUCCUGAACAAUACGAGUCCAUCAUUAAGAUCAAACGCUAUUUGGAUUCGUAGUGAUAAUGUUUGCUUGUAUGAUUUCAGAAUGUUCAGAAACUUUUUCUUCGCCUUUUAUCUAUUUCGACCAUUUGAAUAGUAGUCAUAGAAUACCAAGACUGUAUAGUUAUAAAUGUACCUACCCAGAAUGUUAUCAGAAGCUGUCGAAUUUUUAUGUUUUUAAACGACAUGUGCUGGGACACAUUCAAUCUUCUUCAAAAACACUUGAAAAGGAAGAGAUAGCUGGAACUAGUAGCAAUAUUCAAGAACGAAAAAAACAUGAUCCUAAAAUUAAAGGGCACGAAAAUACUGAAGACGAUUUAGCCGAUGCAACACAAACUGAUGGAUUAGAAACACACGAGUUAAUUCACAAUCAAAAUUUGGUUAAGUUCGAACAUUCAGCUGUUGAUUUCACUUUGAGGCUCCACAGUGAAACAAAUAUCUCCCGUAGUGACGUAAAACUGAUACAAAGAGAAGCAAUUAAACUUAAUUCUGGCAUAGUAACUGAAAUUGAAAAACUUCUUCCUUACAUGAAUGCAAAUGAUCCUCAAACAGAAUUCGAAUUUCAAAGUUAUCUGGCAAAA